AGUUGUAUAGACUGGUCCAUAUUUGAUGUGGUCACGUUUCCUGGAAUCAUUGACUGGUGUGCAGUAGGGUGGAGGUUACUGCUGAACAGUCUGGCUCCCCGAGUCUGACAAGUUGAUGAUGUUACAUCAUGAUGUAGAGGUGUAGGAACCUAAAGCCAUUUCUGAAGUCAUGGCUGAAAAAGAGACUGCAUUCUCUCUCGAGAUUACAGUCUCUGCUGUUCUUACUCACAAAGAUGGUACAACAGAGGAAGUUGAUGACAUAAAGUGUCUACUGAAUCAGUUCAAAGAGUAUCAAGUUGUGCAGAAGUUUCUUUGCAAGGAAACAUACUUCCAUCUGCAAGGAGCUUCUAUUUCUAAAGAUGAACUGGUGCUCAAAUGUUCCAUUUUAUCUGAAAGUGAACUAACUGAUCUGGAAAGUGCUGUUGAAAAUGAUCACUUGGGACAGGAACUAACUAAGUAUGUUAUUAAUAGUGGACUUGAAACUGAACUUUCUUUAUCACAUGACAGUGACAUUAAAGUCAGUUUGGUGUUGGAGUUGAGAAAACAAUGGAUGCGGCAAGGAAGGGCUUAUUUUAAGAAGAUUUCCAAAACUUCACAAAAGGAUGGAAAAAAAUCAAAGUCCAAGAAAAAGGGAGGAAAAGGUGAUGAUGGUGACCAACCAUUGGGCGGUGCUUCACCAACAGUAUCUAAACAAAGUGUUGAAAAAAAGCCCAUGUCACAGAAAAAGGAAGAAGAAAGGAAUGAACAAAAUGCAUCCAUGAGUGGUACUUCAUCUUCGGUGGGUCUUAAAAGUGGAUACUCAGGUGGAAGGAAAAAUGAAUUCCCAGCCUCUAAGCCUAUCACAGAUUCAGCAUCAGUGUCCAGCACAGAUUCAAAAUCUGGACCUGCACCAAAAGAUACAGACAAUGAAUCGGAAAGAAAGGGUACAGAUGAUAGGAAUGGGGCAGCUGUAGGAAAGAGUGCUGUGGCAUGUAUGGACUCUACUACACCUGGUGAAGAUAGGAGGGAGACAGUUCCAACACCAGAUUCUGCAGCAAAAAAAGUCACCACUGGAGGGACAGAUCUUGAGUCACCGUGUGGUUCAGACAAUAGGGAAAAUCAAAAUCCAUCAACAGAUAAAAAGCUUGUUGGGUUUGAUGAGACAGGGAAAAGGAAAGAUCAGUCGUUAGCUGAACAUGGUACUGAUAAACACCUGUCUGGGAGCAAUGUGAAGAGAAUAAAAGUUGAGGAUGAAAAUGUCGGUUCAUCUUUAACACCUGAAGAUACUGGCCAAAGAGCAGCUCAUGAGUCAAUUACUAAAGAGGCUGAAGAACCACUGAUUCUGAAGAAAGAAGUACUUGUCUACAUUCCUGGAAGUGAAGUGAAAAAGAAAUAUAUCAAAGAUGUGUUUGUUGAAUUUUCAUCAAAAGGUGUUGGAAAUUUCUACUUAAGAAUGAAGUCUUUGGAUGAAAAUAUGUGGACUAGUCAAAAGGUAGAUUUUCAUCCAGAUGUUGAUGAACUUUAUUGUGGUAUCAAAAUACAUUAUUGCAGUAAAUGGAUAUCAAGUUAUAUUCAUACGGUUGCGUAUAUUUGGCAGGCAAUGGGAACAAGAAACAUUUUUCGAUGCACUGUAGGCCUAUCUGACUAUGAAGAAGGAUUUUGUGGUCAUGUUAUUCACAUUUUACUGAAUAUCUCAGAAUAUGGAUUUAAAGAUGCUCUCAUGCAAAUUGAAGAUCUUACCAGAAAUAUUUCUAGAGACCGCAGAGAUGUUGAUUCAAUCUUCAAGAUGAUGAAAAAUUGUUUUGAAAAUGAAACACACUGCUUGUCACCUGAUGGAUUCAGUGCUGUGGGGUAUAUUUAUAGAAAACUCUCUAAAAAUCAAGAUUACAUAAAACAUUCAAAAUGGGUUACAUCAACCAUCUGUCAGUCAAUUCUGAAAGGUUUUAAAGCAAUUUCUGUGAAGGACAUUCCAAGCACAAUGAUAUCAGAUUUUAGGUGGAUUGCAGAAAGUUUGUGUCAAGUUGCAUAUUCUAAAAGUCAAUGCCACUUCUUCACGGUCAUGGAAUAUUGCUUUCCACUGUUUUCACCUAAAUAUUUCUCUGAGCUGUUAGGGAAAUCUCUUUCAACAAAUACAUUCAAGGUACAUGACUUUGAACACAUUAGAUCAGUUGUCGGAGGAACAUACAGUCUUGUGAGCCAGGAGGAUGAAGCGGCAUAUCGUGAGUUUCUUGAGAGAUUGCUACAUUACUUACCUUUGGAAUUUACCUUGGCAGAGGAAGAAAAUGUGAGCAAAUUCAAAACAGAUGUUGAGAAUAUCAUCCAUAUGAGAGUGAAAAAGGAAUGUACUUCUGCAGUGAAGACAAGAAACAUUGUGCAAGUGGUUGAGCUCCAUGAUGUACUUUCAAGAUGGAAAAGAAUUAAAGGAGAUGUUGCCAGAUGUAUGGAACAGACUGUGGUUUGUAUCUGUGAAAACACCCACAAGACUUAUACGCUUGACCACCACAAAUUACAGACACUUCUUCGUGCUGACAAUCUCUUUGUUGAUCCUUCCUGUUGUGUAAAAGUCAUGGAAAUACUGGCAGUGUCAGAAAACAAAAUAUUACACUCUUUAUUUACAGAGAUGUUGAAACAUGGCUUUUUGGAUGUUUGCAGGGAAGACGUCAUCUCUGAACUGACUCGGAAAUGGUUUGAGAAAGCUAUUCAGUUACUCUGUAGUGAUGGCCGAUAUAGUCGACCAAUUGAUGAUUUACCACAUGUCUAUCAAUAUCUGGGCUCUGCUUUGUCUGUUGACUGUGUUUUUCACAAGAGGAUGCUUGUCCAGAGUUUGAAAGAGAGAGCUUUUAAGUUCUUGAACUCAAUAAAUGUCAAAACAUUAGUUGACAAGUUACUUGAAAUUGAUUUUGUGGAAGAAUCACACUGCCAGAAUGUUUUUGCUGAACAUUUACAAACAUAUCUGUUAGAAGGAAAAGAGGCGGAUAUGAUUGGAAUAAUUCUAUCUAAAGCUGGAAAUACAUCCUGGAUUGGAUAUUCACAAAGCAGAAACUAUUCCAAAUUGUAUGAAGACAUGCUGGUGAAAUGCAUUGAACAGUGUGGCUUACAAAAAACAGAGAAUGAUGAAGCCUGCUUUCUUUUGAUGUUGAAAAAUGUAGAGUUCUGGACAAACCUGCUGUCUAUGGCAGGUCAAUACGAAUUCCUGAAGACAAAUGUUGUUCUCCAUAAAGCUCGAGGAGCUUCUGUCAAGGUAGCACAACAGUUGUGUCACAACACAUGUUCUCUGCUAUUUUCAAGGAAAUUACAUGCAGCGCUAAAAGAUGGUUUUUCUAAGUGUACCAAAAUGCUUUUACUUUCUAGUAAGGUCUGCAAGAAAGAAGACUUUGAUAAGGCGUUGUCACUGUUACCUGAAGCAAAAAAAAUGGCAGAACGUGAUGAACUAUUCAUUUCUCAUAUUUUGAGCAAACUUAAACUUCACUUUGGAGGAAAAUGGCCUGAUUUAGAAAUUGCAUUUGGAAUGUUUCAUGAAAUGCAAUUAGAUGUUCAUGAAGGAUCAGUAGCUAUAUCAACUCUUCUUGAUCAUUCAUUUUGGGGCCCUUUCUGUGAUAUCCUCAGAUCUUGUGAACAUAUUUCAAAUGUUUCAAAUUCACAAAGUUUUUGGAACAUCUCUAAAACAGUGAUCAAUCAGUGGUUAUCAAUUCCUGAUAUAUUAGAAACAGUUGUGUCUUCUGGUCCAGAAGAUAGUAUUUGUGAGCUAUUUGGAGAAGACAGAAUUGAAAAUGAUACUCCUUGUGUAACUUUGAAGGUGAUAGAAAUUCUUGCUUCUGAAUGUAUAGUAGAAUAUGAAAAUAUGUGGAGGCCUCUCUUUGAAGGCUCUGAUCAAAGCAUAGGUGAAAUACGUCCACUGCUUGAUGUUGACGACAGUCCUGAUGAACAGUUACUGGCACAAAGUCACUUUGACAGUAAGUUAAAGGAUUGGGUGAAGAAAGCACUUCACAUGUAUGACAAGUACUAUGAGUAUUCAGGUAAAGUUGAAAUAUUGAGGAAGGUGUUGAAAAUACUUCACUUACAGGAAAUGGAGAAAACAUUUGCAGAAUCUGUGCAAGCAUUUACUUCUCUUGAAGAAAAGACUGUGGAUGACCUGACCCUGAGACAGCUCUUUGAAACUGGCAAAAUAUUAACUCAAAUAAGUCAGAUACUUGAGGGAGAACUUUCAUCUAUUUUGGAGGAACUUUCAAACUCAUCAAAACUCGUUGACUUUCUUCGAGAGACAGCUUUGGAAGAUCUGCGAAACCUAAUUGAUGCUGUUGAGGAGCACUCGGAGCAGUCAGUGCAAGAAUCUACUGUGUCGGCUCUGAUAAGUGUGAAAAGAUUUCUCAGUCCAAUACUGAGGGAAAACCUUCAUUCAGAUGUGGAACAUGUCUUGACAAUGCUGCAAAAGUCACUGUCUGAUUCAAAAAUAACAAACUUGGAUCAAAAGAUUUCUGAGUGUAACACACACCUUCACAGCCUAAAGGCUCUGUUUCAUAAUGUAGCUAAUAGGGGUGAAGUUACAAAAGAAAUUGUUAAAAAAGCUGUCCAGCAAGGUUCAAAGUAUGGAUUUACAUUAUCCCAGUCUGGAUGUGAUGUUAAUCUGAAGUAUAAGAGUCACAGCACAACAAGGACUCAUACAUACUCUGAUAUUUGUGACUUGAGAAGUAGAGUUAUGUUAAUGAAUACAGAUGUGAAAGAAAAGGGUAGGGCAAAAAAACAAGACAAGAUAAAAGAAGAUUUUACAGUGUUUAAGCAGUCUGUUGAUGAUGCCAUGAAUAUUGCUUCAAUUCUGACAGAACUCUGUCAGUCAGGUCAUCCAGAGUAUCAUGAUAAAUACACAGCCUCAUUCAGCAUCAUAGAUCUGCAGGAACAUGCGACUGAAUAUAGCAAUACGCUAUUGAACUGGCAAACUGCAUUAAGCGAUAGUAGAAAUCAAUAUUAUUGGCUGAAUUUUUUUUAUCCUAAACAAUUGCGUCAAAUUGAAACUCACUUCAAGGCAGUGCACCAUAAAGGAGAUAGAGACAUAUGUGAUCUUCUCUCCUUUACUGGUUAUGACUUCAAAGAUAUGUCAAGAGGAAAAGACAUAUAUUCCAAAGUUCAGAAGGAUGUAGGACAUGAUGCCUUUUCGCUGAAAAGUGUUGGAAAAACACUAGACAUCUUGUUUCAAGGUAAAACACCUAUGUAUACUCCAUUUCCUGAUACAAAAUCUGGAAGGGCAGCUGAUGCAGUUCAUGAAGGGGAACUUUUUGUUGUAGGUUUGAAUGAUGACAGUGACCUAGUUGUCCCAACAUUAUUAGCUUUGUACAAAAACACAACUGGAUAUUUACCUAUGUCUAGUCAAGUACUUUUCUGUCAAGAGGAUACACUUUGGGAAGACAUUGAACUUCUUAUGCGAAGGUGUCUUGGUGGUAAAAGGGAAAAGAAACAAAUUCAGCUAUUCUCUAUUGUUUGUGUUGAAAAUCUCUCAAGUGAACUUCAGUUUAGACUUGUUGAUACACUUGAAAUAAUAGAGAAAGAGUCUUACCUACUGGCAAUAAUUUGUAGAGGAAAUGCACAUCACCCCUUUUUAGAUCAUUUUGGAGAAAAUGUUCAUCAAGUGCAGCCAAUGUCACAAUCAGCAAUGGAAGAAUGUUUGAAGACAUUAUGGCCAAAUGUUGUCACCGUCUUAUCAGACGUCCCAGGUCAAGGAAAAUCAGAAUUUAUCCAGCAAUUAGCAUGGUCAAGACAUAUGAGAGUCUGCUCAUUGCAUGUUAGUGGGGAAAUGAGCCCAAAACAACUUGUAAAGAAGAUGUCGCACCUUGAGUUGAAGUCAUCAGAUCUGCUCCACAUUGAUAUUGGAAUGCUUUCUAAACCCAAGGAAGUGGAUCUGCUUCUCACUCAGUUGAUAGUGUCAGGUUUUGUUUUCCAUGGAUCGGAUUUGGUGAAACUCACAACAAAAACAAUUUGUAUUGAAGUAGCAAACACUAUCAGUAACAGUCUAAGAAACUCAUUAAAUACAGCUUUAUGCUUUAGAAGAGAAAUGCUCGAAUGGCAAAAUUAUGCAAAUUUCUUUGCAAGCAUUGAAACAUGCAGCUCUGUGCAGGUUGUCUGUCACUACUUGCAAGCAUAUGACUGCGGAAAACUGGACACCACUGACUUGUACUUUACUGGUGAAGAUGCAUGCAGGCCCUUACCACAGGAAAAAUGUAGGGAAUUGCUCAAGAAGUAUUUUUCGAGUGGAACAGAUAUGUCCUUCUCUGUUGUGAGAACAUUUUUGAAUGUGUUGUCAGAUCAAUUGAAAAAGUUUUCGUGCAGUUACUUCUUUAGGACAACAAAUUUGUCAGGAAUGCUUGGUGGAGAUGCACUUUUAAAAGAUGUUAAGAGUCAGUUGUUCAGGGCUCUUCUUGAUGUAUCCAGGGAAUUUGCUACAAGAUCUGUUCAUGCAUGCAGGGAAGAUCAGAUGGCCAGCGUUCAAACAAUGAGUCAAUCUGCAGACAUCAGUCAGAGUAUGGAAAACCUAGUGUCUACUUCGGCAUCAGCUUCAGCAAUGACUAAACGUGUAGAAGCCAUGAUACAGUGGGAGGAAAGUAAUCACUUACUCAUUGCAUUUCACAAUCAAGACAUUCAAACACUUUCUGCUCUUUACAGGAAGAAAACUUUGGUCCCAGUACAUGUGAAAACACUCUUUGAGACACAAGUGAAAGCUGCGAUGCCUGAGUUCUCAAACCUAAGUCAUACAGAACUUCGAGAUAUGUUACAGCGAAUUGCCAGAUUCAAACCGGGAGCAACAUCUGAUGAGGUUAUGAAGCACAUGAGUUCUUCUUAUGCCCUCACACCUGACAAUCUCUUGAAGAUGAUUCUGAUCAUACUCCGAACGAGGGCUCAUGUUCCUGUCAUUAUCAUGGGGGAAACUGGAUGUGGAAAAACAAGUUUGAUCAGAUAUUUGUCUGUUAUCUGUGGAGUAGAUCUUGAAAUACAAAACAUACAUGCAGGGAUUGCAGACGAUGAGAUUUUAAGAAGGGUUAUGGAAGUGAAUGAAAAAGCCCUGAACUCUUUGGAUGACAUAGUGUGGCUGUUUCUGGAUGAAAUCAACACUUGCAACCACCUUGGUUUAAUCAAUACAAUUCUUUGCCAUCACAUAUGUCAAGGUAAUAUUCUUGCUCCUAACCUAGUUGUCAUGGCAGCAUGUAAUCCAUACAAGAUAAGAAGUGACCAGAGUAUUUUCACUGCAGGACUAGAAACUAAAGUGCAAGCUGAUGAGAAGUCCAGAUUGGUGUACAGAGUGAAUCCACUUCCAGAAAGUAUGGUCGAUUUUGUAUGGGACUAUGGCAGUUUGAGUGACAGUGAUGAAAAGGCAUACAUAAAGCGCAUGAUAACUGGCUGUGUUCAUCAAAGUUUGGAAAAUUGUGUAGUUGCACUGUUGGUUAUGUCUCAAAGCUUUAUCCGUAAAAGGGAACACUCAGGAUCAUGUGUUAGCCUACGUGAUGUGAGUAGGUGUCGGAAGUUGAUAGAUUGGUUCAAAGUGACAUUGAAGAAGAAGGAAAAACUUAGUAAGAAAUGCUUUUCUCCUGGUGUUGUUUUGGAAAAGUCAUCUGUGGUCUUAGCAUUAGCACAUUCAUACCACUCACGGCUUCCAGAUGCAUCUAGCAGACAGACCUACAGACAAGAAAUUGCCAAGAUUUUUAGUGCCAGUUUUGUCAGUUCAAAUGAGCAGGAGAUCUUCAGCAUCAUCCAAAAUGAACAACAAGACAUUCUUAAUAGAAUGGAAUUACCUCAAGGUACAGCAAAAAACACAGCUCUCCAGGAAAAUGUAUUUGUCAUUUUGGUUUGCAUCCUCAAUCACAUACCUGUAUUUGUUGUUGGGAAACCAGGUUGUAGUAAGUCUCUAUCCCUGCAGUUGAUUAAAAGUAACUUGAGGGGGAAAGAUUCAAAAGAUCCUUAUUUUCAGAGUUUGCCUCAGGUGUUCUGUGUGUCAUAUCAAGGAUCUGAAUCAUCUACCUCUGAGGGGAUCCUCAAGGUAUUUGCUAAAGCUGAAAAAUACAAAGAGAAUGAUAAAGACAACAGUGUUCUACCUGUUGUCAUUUUGGAUGAAAUUGGACUUGCAGAGAUGUCAAGAUUUAAUCCCCUGAAAGUUCUCCAUAGUUUAUUGGAGCCUGGGGAUACAGAGCUUCCAAAUGUUGCUGUUGUUGGUAUCUCCAACUGGGCACUUGAUGCAGCUAAGAUGAAUAGAGCUAUCCAUCUCUCAAGACCUGAUAUGGAUGCUGAAGAGCUUUAUCUUACAGGAAUUUCUAUCAGUGAGACAAGUGUAUCAGAUUCUCAGAAAAGAAUGAGUCUGUCGUCACCAUGUUCAUUGAAAGACUGUGAAAGGAAAAUUGAUAAAAAUCUUGUCCGAGCAAUAGCAAAUGCUUAUUUGCAAUAUACAGGAGAACAGACAUUUAAGAAUUUCCAUGGUCUGAGAGACUUCUAUUCACUUGUGAAAUAUGUUUCAAAGGAAUUCAGCUCCCUAUCUGACCAUGACUCCAUUGUUUCAGAUGUGCAGUUAAAAAUCAUUAUGAAAGGAUUGCUGCGUAACUUUGGGGGACUGUCCAGUGAAAUACACUCUGUUUUGACAGUAUACAGAGAGCAUUUGGAGAAGUUGCUUUCUGUCAAUUUUCCUGAGAUGGAAGACAUUCCGUCAGUGUUAGAUCUUGUAGCAGAUAACAUCAAAGAUAAAUCUGCACGUCAUCUACUUUUGUCCACAAGAGGGGAAUCUGCUUUGAGCAUUAUUGAAGACUUGCUUGAUAAAAAGAACAGAAAGUUUGUUUCCAUCCUUGGUAGUCGUUUUGAAGAGGAUUUAACAGAUGACUACAAUUAUCGCAUAUUGAGCAGGAUCAUACUGUGUAUGGAGCAAGGUGUGGUGUUGAUAUUGAAAGACUUGGAGAAUAUCUAUGGCAGCCUGUAUGACAUGCUGAAUCAGAAUUACACCAUAGUUGGUUCAAAGAAGAAUUGUCGCAUUGCACUUGGAGCUUACAGCAAUCCAUUGUGUCAUGUGCAUGAUGAUUUUCGAUGCAUUGUGUUGGUGGAGGAAGACAAACUGGAUCUAUCAGACCCACCCUUUUUGAACAGAUUUGAAAAGCAGUAUAUGAAACUGACUGAAUUACUAUCACCAACUGAACUGAAGGAUGUCUCAAUUUUAGAAGACUGGAUCGGCAAAAUUGCAAAUAUUCAUGGGCAUACCUUUACAAGGAGUGAUGUUAUUCCGAUAGACAGCCCAGACAUGGUUGCUUCACUUGUUCAUUUUGUAUAUUCUGAAGAGAAUAAUGAAUGUGACUCCACUGCUCAUAUGAACAUGUGCAAAAGACUGGUACUGACAAUGUGUUCUCCAGAAUCAAUUGUACGAAUGGAUUUGAGUGAACUGCAAAAGAAAGACUCUAAUGAAGUACAAGAACUGCAGGAUUAUUUCUUUCAUUUGCCUCUUCAUAAUGGUUUGGCACAUCUACUGAAAGCAAGACUUGAAGAGAGUAAAUGUUGUUUGAAGGAAAUUAUGUUUACUCACAGCAAUCUUCACACAAAUGUAAGUGCAUGCAUGGAGAUUAGUUCAGUUGAUAUUCAAAGUGAAAAACUUGGUGCUUUUAAAUCUGAAAAGCAACUUUGUACCAGAAUCGGGAGUUUUUGGAGUGACCCUUCCAAGACAUGGCUUGUUAUUCAAUGCUCAGCAAGUACGGAUCAGGAGAAUAUUCUCUUGAUGAAAUCUGUUGUUGACAGGGAACAUGAUGAUUUUAUGUCUAAAAAGGAUCAUAAAGACCAAAAACAUGUAAUAGUUGUUAUGCAUAUGGACAGAAAUGAAUCUGAAAACACUCUUAGUCUUGUAAACUUUUUGAGUGGAUGGAAUAUGACAUUCAUAGACAGCCUUGAAAAUAGGGAGAUCUCUCUUCAAGACUUACUCCAUAAAAGGAAGAUGCAUCUUAUUCAUGAAAGACGCCCAGUAACGUCUUUUUUGAAGCAGCAUCUUUUUUGGGCAUUCACCCUACUUGACUAUCAUGACAUACCAAGGAGUUUGGCGAGUCUUAAGGAUGUAGUUGAUGCCAUAGUAGGUGAUUCACAGUUGAUGAUAUUUCUUGAGGAAUUGGUGUUAACCAGUUUACAAGAACAUUUAGAUGCAGAUGAAUCUCAGUGCUGGCAACUUGAUGUAGCAUGUGAUAGAUUAAAGCUCUACAAUUUUCUUACUCUUCAUGAUGCUCUAGAACAUGAAAUCUCAACAUGUAUAAAACAUCCAUUAGCUGCCCUUGUUUACAAAAUUGAAGCCUCAAGUUCUUGGGAUGCUGUAACUUUGUGGAGCAGUGAUAAAGACAAAGACAGAAAAAGAGAGGUCUGGUUAAACUUUGUACAUGAUAAAAAUAUGAUUGAUACUGAAUCUGUUCCACAACCAGAGGGUCCAGAAUGUUAUGUCAUUAUGGACAGUGUACUAUCACUCAGGUGCCCCUUCAGCAAAGUGUUUAUUGACCAGAUAGAAACUUUGAAAGAACCAUUCAUGGAUGCCUUCAGAGCUGAAUAUUCAGACUUUGAAGUUGAUGAAAUUACUGAAGAUAUCAAGGAUAUGUUAACAGUGCGAUUCCAGUCAUCAGUAAGUCAAGCAGCAGCAGACAUGUUUGAAAAUACUUACAGUGAAGACCAGUUUACUGACUACUUUCAUGACUUUUGUAAUGUCAUAUUCUCACGAAUCAAAUUGCAAAUGACAGAAAAGCAAAGAGCAAAAACAAUGGAGUGGUCAAUCUUGUCUCGAUUUACAAGAAAAGGGAAUUCAUUUGAAUAUGAUGUAUGCAGCUUGCAUAUCACAUGUUGGUUGUAUGGCCCAGUCACAGAAUCAGAGAUCAAAUUAAUUGAUGUGUGCCUUGACCUAACAGAAACACAAUUGGAUGACUUUCUACAAAGCAGGAACCUCUCCAUCAUUGCAAGUUCGUCUGAUUCACAGAGACAAGCAAAGGCAGAUUUGAAAGAUGUAUCUUCAUGUAGCUCGGAGGAAGAUGGUUCUUUGGAAAAAUGUGAAUACUUUGUCCCAGAUGUGGAUGCAGAACCACAGCUAGAUGGAGACGGCCAGCCAUUUGUGACAGCAAGUGGUGUGGUGGAUAUAUUGGACAUCGUGUUAGAAACUGAAACAGAAAGUCAAGAUGAAGUCAGUUAUCAGAGGGAAGACAAUGUGAAAUUGAUGCCACCAUCUGAUGAAAUCCAGUUUGAAGACCAACCAACUUCUGAUGAAGAUGAACCUGAAAUUGCCAAAGACAAAUUGUCAACAGAAAAUGAAGUCGGUUACCAGGGGGAAGACAAUGUGAAAUUGAUGCCACCAUCUGAUGAAAUCCAGUUUGAAGACCAACCAACUUCUGAUGAAGAUGAACCAGAAAUUGCCAAAGACAAAUUGUCAACAGAAAAUGAAGUCGGUUACCAGGGGGAAGACAAUGUGAAAUUGAUGCCAGCAUCUGAUGAAAUCCAGUUUGAAGACCAACCAACUUCUGAUGAAGAUGACCCUGAAAUUGCCAAAGACAAAUUGUCAACAGAAAAUGAAGUCAGUUACCAGGGGGAAGACAAUGUGAAAUUGAUGCCAGCAUCUGAUGAAAUCCAGUUUGAAGACCAACCAACUUCUGAUGAAGAUGAACCAGAAAUUGCCAAAGACAAAUUAUCAACAGAAAAUGAAGUCGGUUACCAGGGGGAAGACAAUGUGAAAUUGAUGCCAGCAUCUGAUGAAAUCCAGUUUGAAGACCAACCAACUUCUGAUGAAGAUGAACCUGAAAUUGCCAAAGACAAAUUGUCAACAGAAAAUGAAGUUGGAUAUCAGAGGGAAGACAAUGUGAAAUUGAUGCCACCAUCUGAUGAAAUCCAGUUUGAAGACCAACCAACUUCUGAUGAAGAUGAACCAGAAAUUGCCAAAGACAAAUUGUCAACAGAAAAUGAAGUCGGUUACCAGGGGGAAGACAAUGUGAAAUUGAUGCCAGCAUCUGAUGAAAUCCAGUUUGAAGACCAACCAACUUCUGAUGAAGAUGACCCUGAAAUUGCCAAAGACAAAUUGUCAACAGAAAAUGAAGUCAGUUACCAGGGGGAAGACAAUGUGAAAUUGAUGCCAGCAUCUGAUGAAAUCCAGUUUGAAGACCAACCAACUUCUGAUGAAGAUGAACCAGAAAUUGCCAAAGACAAAUUAUCAACAGAAAAUGAAGUCGGUUACCAGGGGGAAGACAAUGUGAAAUUGAUGCCAGCAUCUGAUGAAAUCCAGUUUGAAGACCAACCAACUUCUGAUGAAGAUGAACCUGAAAUUGCCAAAGACAAAUUGUCAACAGAAAAUGAAGUUGGAUAUCAGAGGGAAGACAAUGUGAAAUUGAUGCCAGCAUCUGAUGAAAUCCAGUUUGAAGACCAACCAACUUCUGAUGAAGAUGACCCUGAAAUUGCCAAAGACGAAUUGUCAACAGAAAAUGAACUAUGUGCAGACGAUUGUGAAGACAAUAAAACUGCCUUAGUGAGUUUUGCCUGCCAAGAGUUGAUUCCCACAGAAAGACUGUUGUCAAGACUUGAGUUAGAAAAGUGGAUAAAUGGAGUUAACCUGGUUCUAUCUCUUGCAGGAGAAGUAUCACAGUCAAAAGUCUUCCUAUCUCUUAGAAUGUGCAGUGACUUCACAUAUGUUGUCUUAGUUCCAUUUAAAUUAUCAAUAAGUUACCUUCAUAGAUUUGGACAAGCACUGAAGGCUGAUACACUUGAAAGUAAGACUGUCUUUAGUAUAGUUUGUGAGUUGGUUGAGGAACUGCUUGAAGCAGGAACAGUUCCUUGCAGUGUGCUACAGCACUUCUUUUCAAUUUACAUCAGCAAUUGCUUGGCUGCAGACACAGAAAACUCUUUGCUGAAUUGGACAUUUUCAUCUUUGCAGAGUCUAUCAAUAUUUGAGUUUUCACUUGACUACUUUGGACCAACAAUCUUUCAGACUAUGUUGAUUGAAAUAGAAUCAGAUAUUCUUGGUGAGGAAAAUGUAGUUGCAGUGUCUCCUGUAUUGCAGUGUUUGGAAGUUUGUGUAGAAACUUUUAAAGACAAUGGAGAGCCUGAUUCUCAGUUAGCUUGUCUCAUCCUUGACGUCUUGCAAACAAACUUUUGUCCGCAGAGCUUUUCCCUAGACAGUGACACAAUAGAGAAAGUAUUAAAGUGUGACAAAAGUUUUAAAUCAGAUGGAUUAUCCUUGCAUCAUUUAUUUGCACUGGCCUACCUGAAAAACUUUUUGAUACAUCUUGCUUCUGAGUUGAACAGAAAUGAGGCAAUGGACCUACAUAUCAUUCAAAAGAUUCAUGGAAUUUUCAGCUGUGAUGAAUCCGAUAGUGAUUCACUUAAGAACAUGAGAACAGGUUCCCUGCAAACUUUCCUUUUAAAAGUCCUUACUCAAGGCCCAGCCUUGAAGAGACUGGAAGAAGUGGUCAAUGAGUAUUCAUCAGAGUGGCCAUUUGUCAGUGAAUUUCAAAUGAAAGAUGAACACAGAUUCUUAGCUCUAGAACUGUGUCCCAUGGAAAUGACCUGCCAGGAUGUCUUCACUCGGGUUCUCAGUGCAUAUGAUGUAUUACCCAAAGACCGCACAAAACUAAAGAAUAUACUCCAAGGCAUAAAGUCCAAUCCUGAAAUUUUGUAUGGUGUAUUCGGUGUUGCUCUACAGAAAAUCUAUGUUGUUCAGAGUGUACGAAGAAUUACUGAUACAGAGCGAAAUGAGAAAGUGAAACUGUUCUGGCAAGAAUGUCACAUCAAAUUAUUUGACAAUCAACGUCAAAUGUUCACAAACUUGUGUACAAUGGAGGAUUUUGCUGUUCAGUUAUUACAGACAAAUCCAAAUAAAUCAGCUGAAGACCACCAUUUGUCAAUGUGCAUUUUACACUUAGUAUGCUCUGUACUCGCAUAUAAUUCCAAUUAUGGAGUUGUCAGUCAAAAGAGUCCAUUUUGGCUGAGAUGUAUACAGGCUCCCAAAGAUGUGCAAAAGCUGUAUCUCCCAGGCUGUGGUUAUAAAGAAGGAGAAUUGUGCUGCUUUACUUUAGCCCCAGUUGUCACAAAGAAGACAAAGUAUGCCAGAUCUUCAUGUUCGUGUAACAGUGUUACAAUCCAUGAUGUGGCAAUAGAAGACCAUCAGUGCAACAUAUGCCAACAACCCCUACAAGAUGGUGAACUGUGUGGUAUUUCAACUAUGGAUAGUACUGGUAACGACGGAAAAGGGUAUAUCUUUGUUGAUAUUGGAUGCCUCAAGAGUGAAUUUGUAUCAGUGCGAAGCAUGUCUCCAGCUGCAUUCCGGGUUCUUCAGUUCUUUCUCCAUGGAUGUUUAUGUGCAUCACUUGCUUUAAAGUUCACAACUAAAGAAGUGCUUUCAAAAGCAAUGCAAUUACCAGAACCUGUUGAUGCUUCAAGUUACAUUGAAAGUCAUCUUCGUGUGCACUGGUGUGCUCUGAAACAUUUGACAGCAAUGGGUGAUUCUCAACUGGCAAAACUGUUGAACCUCAUCAUUAAGGAUUGUAUGCCACUCAUUGCUAGACACAGUGUUCCGUUUCAUAGCAGAGAGGAGCGUGAACUAUAUGAGGAGGAAUUCACUACAUGUAUUGAUAAGAUCAUGGAGAAAAGGUUCCAGAUUGUGCAGGAUGAAACAAGACUAUACCACACAAGAUAUUCUGAAAGUACAUCUUCAAGGCAUGAAGUACUCUUGGCAGAAAUACCUGGUGAUGGAGACAGAUUAGCAGAACUUCCAAAAUUAAUGAGAGAAAAUACACUUCCAAGCAUAGAGAACUUGCAAAGGGAAUUUACCAUUCGGAAACAAGUGCAUGACUUUCCAAUGAUGGCAUUGCUGUUUGAUAGAAUGAAAGACAUAUCACUUCUACAGCAUCUGAUCCCAAUAAUACAAUGGCAUAAGUGUGUCAUUCGAUAUGCUAGCCACAGGCUCAAGAGAAUCAACUGUAGGUCUCAGACGGUACAAGAUUUCAUUCAUGCACCUAUUCAACAGCUAUUGAAUGGGGAUAACAAGAAAACAGAGUUGCGGGAGAGAUUUGACUGUUUCAUGAAAUCAUGGAAUACAUUGAAAGGUCAUCAGGACGAUCUGAAAACUUACAAUCAACAGUUGCCAGAAUUAGAAAGAAUUCAUCAAACUGCCUUACUGCAAGAUUGUAUAAUUAUGACAAAACAGUCUCCUAUGAUGCAAGUACUCUUGGCUUUGAAAGCUAUCCAGAACAAGUUUCUAUCAGAUGCAGCAGUCUUGUGUUUGUCUACUAAUAGUUUAUCUAUCAGCUUCCUCAAAAGGACAGCUGGGGUUGCAGUGUUAGCAGAAGUGCACCUGGAACACAUCAACUCAAAACAGGUUAUAUCAGUGCCAGGUUUGGAAGAGACUCUUAAAUUUUCUCAGAUAAACACAAAAUAUGGUCAUGGCAGAGAAAGACACUAUGACAUCUACCAAAUUGAAACACAGGUAGUUGAUGAGUGUCUACUGAGCAAGCCAAUGAUAAAAGUUGGAUCCAGUUUUCCCAUGAUAAACUUUGCAGGUGAAUCAUUGCAUAAAACAGAUGAACUGUUUGAAAGUGUUUCAAAGAUAGUUGGUCAUGAUGCUGUUGACAAAGAUUUGAAGAAUUCCAUUCUCCAACUGAAAGAUAAAAGUCCAUCCAAUAUGCAAGUACUAUUAGAUUAUUUGCAAAUGACAUUUAGUUUACUGAACAGAACCCCAGUAUCCGGCAGUGACAAAAACCAGUACUUGAGUGAAUUCCUACAAACAUGGCAAUCUUUGUUCCCGAAUCGAGUGAAGGAAGUGGAUGGGUUAUGUAGCAGAGUUCGACUAAGUCAGAUCAUUUCUGUGUAUGAAUUAACAGAGGAUGUGAUGGCUGAUGUCAUUUUUGAUGGCAUUGAAGAAAAAUACAGGAGUAAACUACCAGAAGAAUGCAUGAAGCUGUUGAGUGCAUUAAUGAGGAACACUGGUCUCAGAUUUCAAGAGGCGUUAAUUUCUGCUUUGAAGAAGAUUGUAUUUCGUUAUGUGCAGUCUGGAUUUGUAAGCCAAGAUGAUAAACUGGCACCACGACUCAUGGAGAAAACUCUGUGGCCACAAGGAGUUUAUGAAGAUGUUGUUGCAAAAAGUAGAAAUCCAGAUGCCGGACUACUUCAUGAUGUACAUUGCAUUGAACACAUCUACUGGACCAUUGUCUUCAUAGCUGAAAGUGUUGAGGAGAAAAGAGUAAGGGAGGAGAAGAAAUCAGCACUGUUUCAACCUGUUACAAAGAAGACCGACAAGACACAACGACGUCAGAAAAAAGCAUUGAACUUUAGGAAGAAGUAAUAAUCAGUUGGGUACACAGAAACUUGGAAUGAAGUGAGAGAAGACUGGUGUUAAGGCAUAAAAUGUGUUUGUAAAUUAGUGAACGAUUCAUUUUAAUGCAAUGUUUGUAAAGAGGCAUAUCUUCGUCAUAAGUAUAAGUAUAGCAUUGUUGACACAUAUUACAUGUGUGAUAUAAUCUAGAUAUAUUAUUGACCUGACCUUGAUCCACAUGGACCUGAUACACUGGUAUCUUACAAAUAAACACUAUUUUAGUAUGACCUUGAUGAUAUGAUAUAAAUGUAAAAAUGGACCUGAUACACUGGUAUCUUACAAAUAAACACUAUGUUAGUAUGACCUUGAUGAUAUAAUAUUGCUGUAAAUAUGGACCUGAUACACUGGUAUCUAAGAAAUAAACACUACAUUAUUAUGACCUUGAUGAUAUAAUGUUGAUGUAAAUAUGGACCUGAUACACUGUUAUCUUACAAAUAAACACUACAUGAAUAUGACCUUGAUGAUAAAAUGUUGAUGUAAAUAUGGACCUGUUACACUGGUAUCUUAGCAAUAAACACCAUGUUAGUAUGACCUUGAUGAUAUAAUAUUGCUGUAAAUAUGGACCUGAUACACUGGUAUCUUACAAAUAAACAGUAUGUAGUAUGACCUUGAUGAUAUAAUAUUGCUGUAAAUAUGGACUUGAUACACUGGUAUCUUACAAAUAAACACUACAUUAUUAUGUCCUUGAUGAUAUAAUGUUGAUGCAAAUAUGGACCUGAUACACUGGUAUCUUACAAAUAAACACUUCGUUAGUAUGACCUUGAUGAUAUAAUAUUGCUGUAAGUAUGGACCUGAUACACUGGUAUCUUACAAAUAAACAGUAUGUUAGUAUGACCAUGAUGAUAUAAUAUUGAUGUAAAUAUGGACCUGAUACACUGGUAUCUUACAAAUAAACAGUAUGUUAGUAGGACCUUGAUGAUAUGAUUUUGAUGUAAAUAUGGACCUGAUACACUGGUAUCUUACAAAUAAACACUACGUUAGUAUGACCUUGAUGAUAUGAUAUUGAUGUAAAUAUGGACCUGAUACACUGGUAUCUUACAAAUAAACACUAUGUUAGUAUGACCUUGAUGAUAUAAUAUUGCUGUAAAUAUGGACUUGAUAAACUGGUAUCUUACAAAUAAACACUACAUUAUUAUGACCUUGAUGAUAUGAUGUUGAUGCAAAUAUGGACCUGAUACACUGGUAUCUUACAAAUAAACACUUCGUUAGUAUGACCAUGAUGAUAUGAUAUUGCUGUAAAUAUGGACCUGAUACACUUGUAUCUUACAAAUAAACAGUAUGUUAGUAUGACCUUGAUGAUAUGAUUUUGAUUUAAAUAUGGACCUGAUACACUGGUAUCUUACAAAUAAAAACUACAUUAGUAUGACCUUGAUGAUAUGAUAUUGAUGUAAAUAUGGACCUGAUACACUGGUAUCUUACAAUUAAACACUACGUUAAUAUGACCUUGAUGAUAUGAUAUUGAUGUAAAUAUGGACCUGAUACACUGGUAUCUUACAAAUAAACACGACGUUAGUAUGACCUUGCUGAUAUAAUAUUGCUGUAAAUAAGUACCUGAUACACUGGUAUCUUACAAAUAAUCAGUAUGUUAGUAUGACCUUGCUGAUAUAAUAUUGCUGUAAAUAAGUAGUGAUACACUGGUAUCUUACAAAUAAUCAGUAUGUUAGUAUGACCUUGAUGAUAUGAUAUAAAUGUAAAAAUGGACCCGAUACACUGGUGUCUUACAAAUAAACACUUUGUUAGUAUGACUUUGAUGAUAUAAUAUUGCUGUAAAUAUGGACCUGAUACACUUGUAUCUUACAAAUUGACACUUCGUUAGUAUGACCUUGAUGAUAUAAUAUUGCUGUAAAUAUGGACCUGAUACACUGGUAUCUUAGCAAUAAACACUUCGUUAGUAUGACCUUGAUGAUAUAAUAUUGCUGUAAAUAUGGACCUGAUACACUGGUAUCUUACAAAUAAACAGUAUGUAGUAUGACCUUGAUGAUAUGAUAUUGAUGUAAAUAUGGACCUGAUACACUGGUAUCUUACAAAUAAACAGUACAUUAGUAUGACCUUGAUGAUAUAAUGUUGAUGCAAAUAUGGACCUGAUACACUGGUAUCUUACAAAUAAACACUUCGUUAGUAUGACCUUGAUGAUAUAAUAUUGCUGUAAAUAUGGACCUGAUACACUGGUAUCUUACAAAUAAACAGUAUGUUAGUAUGACCUUGAUGAUAUGAUAUAAAUGUAAAAAUGGACCCGAUACACUUCUAUCUUACAAAUAAACACUACGUUAGUAUAACCUUGAUGAUAUAAUAUUGAUGUGAAUGUGGAUCUGAUACACUGGUAUCUUACAAUUAAACACUACGCAAGUAUGACCUUGAUGAUAUAAUAUUGCUGUAAAUAUGGACCUGAUACACUGGUAUCUCACAAAUAAACACUACGCAAGUAUGACCUUGAUGAUAUAAUAUUGAUGUAAAUAUGGACCUGAUACACUUGUAUCUUACAAAUAAACACUUCGUUAGUAUGACCUUGCUGAUAUAAUAUUGCUGUAAAUAUGGACCUGAUACACUUGUAUCUUACAAAUAAACACUACGUUAGUAUGACCUUGAUGAUAUAAUAUUGAUGUGAAUGUGGAUCUGAUACACUGGUAUCUUACAAUUAAACACUACGCAAGUAUGACCUUGAUGAUAUAAUAUUGAUGUAAAUAUGGACCUGAUACACUGGUAUCUCACAAAUAAACAGUAUGUAGUAUGACCUUGAUGAUAUAAUAUUGCUGUAAAUAUGGACCUGAUACACUUGUAUCUUACAAAUAAACACUAUGUUAGUAUGACCUUGAUGAUAUAAUGUUGAUGCAAAUAUGGACCUGAUACACUGGUAUCUUACAAAUAAACACCUCGUUAGUAUGACCUUGAUGAUAUAAUAUUGCUGUAAAUAUGGACCUGAUACACUGGUAUCUUAGCAAUAAACACCAUGUUAGUAUGACCAUGAUGAUAAAAUAUUGCUGUAAAUAUGGACCUGAUACACUGGUAUCUUACAAAUAAACUCUUCGUUAGUAUGACCUUGCUGAUAUAAUAUUGCUGUAAAUAUGGACCUGAUACACUGGUAUCUUACAAAUAAACACUUUGUUAGUAUGACCUUGCUGAUAUAAUAUUGCUGUAAAUAUGGACCUGAUACACUUGUAUCUUACAAAUAAACACUUCGUUAGUAUGACCUUGAUGAUAUAAUAUUGCUGUAAAUAUGGACCUGAUACACUGGUAUCUUAGAAAUAAACACUUCGUUAGUAUGACCUUGGUGAUAUGAUAUUGCUGUAAGUAUGGACCUGAUACACUGGUAUCUUGAAAAUAAACAGUAUGUCGUAUGACCUUGAUGAUAUGAUUUCGAAGUAAAUAUGGACCUGAUACACUGGUAUCUUAUAAAUAAAUAGUAUGUUAGUAUGACCUUGAUGAUGUAAUAUUGCUGUAAAUAUGGACCUGAUACACUGGUAUCUUACAAAUAAACAGUAUGUAGUAUGACCUUGAUGAUAUGAUAUUGCUGUAAAUAUGGACCUGAUACACUGGUAUCUUACAAAUAAACAGUACAUUAGUAUGACCUUGAUGAUAUAAUGUUGAUGUAAAUAUGGACCUGAUACACUGGUAUCUUACAAAUAAACACUUCGUUAGUAUGACCUUGAUGAUAUAAUAUUGCUGUAAAUAUGGACCUGAUACACUGGUAUCUUACAAAUAAACACUUCGUUAGUAUGACCUUGCUGAUAUAAUAUUGCUGUAAAUAUGGACCUGAUACACUUGUAUCUUACAAAUAAACACUUCGUUAGUAUGACCUUGAUGAUAUAAUAUUGCUGUAAAUAUGGACCUGAUACACUGGUAUCUUAGAAAUAAACACUUUGUUAGUAUGACCUUGGUGAUAUGAUAUUGCUGUAAGUAUGGACCUGAUACACUGGUAUCUUGAAAAUAAACAGUAUGUAGUAUGACCUUGAUGAUAUGAUUUUGAUGUAAAUAUGGACCUGAUACACUGGUAUCUUAUAAAUAAACACUACGCAAGUAUGACCUUGAUGAUAUAAUAUUGCUGUAAAUAUGGACCUGAUACACUGGUAUCUUACAAAUAAACAGUAUGUAGUAUGACCUUGAUGAUAUAAUAUUGCUGUAAAUAUGGACCUGAUACACUUGUAUCUUACAAAUAAACAGUAUGUAGUAUGACCUUGAUGAUAUGAUUUUGAUGUAAAUAUGGACCUGAUACACUGGUAUCUUAUAAAUAAACACUUCGUUAGUAUGACCUUGCUGAUAUAAUAUUGCUGUAAAUAAGUACCUGAUACACUUGUAUCUUACAAAUAAACACUUCGUUAGUAUGACCUUGAUGAUAUAAUAUUGAUGUGAAUGUGGAUCUGAUACACUGGUAUCUUACAAUUAAACACUACGCAAGUAUGACCUUGAUGAUAUAAUAUUGCUGUAAAUAUGGACCUGAUACACUGGUAUCUUACAAAUAAACAGUAUGUAGUAUGACCUUGAUGAUAUAAUAUUGCUGUAAAUAUGGACCUGAUACACUUGUAUCUUACAAAUAAACAGUACGUUAGUAUGACCUUGAUGAUAUAAUGUUGAUGCAAAUAUGGACCUGAUACACUGGUAUCUUACAAAUGAACACCUCGUUAGUAUGACCUUGAUGAUAUAAUAUUGCUGUAAAUAUGGACCUGAUACACUGGUAUCUUAGCAAUAAACACCAUGUUAGUAUGACCAUGAUGAUAAAAUAUUGCUGUAAAUAUGGACCUGAUACACUGGUAUCUUACAAAUAAACUCUUCGUUAGUAUGACCUUGCUGAUAUAAUAUUGCUGUAAAUAUGGACCUGAUACACUGGUAUCUUAGAAAUAAACACUUCGUUAGUAUGACCUUGGUGAUAUGAUAUUGCUGUAAGUAUGGACCUGAUACACUGGUAUCUUGAAAAUAAACAGUAUGUAGUAUGACCUUGAUGAUAUGAUUUUGAUGUAAAUAUGGACCUGAUACACUGGUAUCUUAUAAAUAAAUAGUAUGUUAGUAUGACCUUGAUGAUGUAAUAUUGCUGUAAAUAUGGACCUGAUACACUGGUAUCUUACAAAUAAACAGUAUGUAGUAUGACCUUGAUGAUAUAAUAUUGCUGUAAAUAUGGACCUGAUACACUUGUAUCUAACAAAUAAACAGUACGUUAGUAUGACCUUGAUGAUAUAAUGUUGAUGCAAAUAUGGACCUGAUACACUGGUAUCUUACAAAUAAACACCUCGUUAGUAUGACCUUGAUGAUAUAAUAUUGCUGUAAAUAUGGACCUGAAACACUGGUAUCUUAGCAAUAAACACCAUGUUAGUAUGACCAUGAUGAUAAAAUAUUGCUGUAAAUAUGGACCUGAUACACUGGUAUCUUACAAAUAAACACUUCGUUAGUAUGACCUUGCUGAUAUAAUAUUGCUGUAAAUAUGGACCUGAUACACUGGUAUCUUACAAAUAAACACUAUGUUAGUAUGACCUUGCUGAUAUAAUAUUGCUGUAAAUAUGGACCUGAUACACUUGUAUCUUACAAAUAAACACUUCGUUAGUAUGACCUUGAUGAUAUAAUAUUGCUGUAAAUAUGGACCUGAUACACUGGUAUCUUAGAAAUAAACACUUCGUUAGUAUGACCUUGGUGAUAUGAUAUUGCUGUAAGUAUCGACCUGAUACACUGGUAUCUUGAAAAUAAACAGUAUGUAGUAUGACCUUGAUGAUAUGAUUUUGAUGUAAAUAUGGACCUGAUACACUGGUAUCUUAUAAAUAAAUAGUAUGUUAGUAUGACCUUGAUGAUGUAAUAUUGAUGUAACUAUAGACCUGAUACACUGGUAUCUUACAAAUAAACAGUAUGUUAGUAUGACCUUGAUAUGAUAUUGCUGUAAAUAAGGACCUGAUACACUGGUAUCUUACAAAUAAACACAACUUAUAGUUUGACCUUGAUGAUAUAAUAUUGCUGUAAAUAUGGACCUGAUACACUGGUAUCUUACAAAUAAACACUAUGUUAGUAUGACCUUGAUGAUAUGAUAUUGAUGUAAAUAUGGACCUGAAACACUGGUAUCCUACAAAUAAACACUACGUUAGUAUGACCUUGAUGAUAUGAUAUUGAUGUAAAUAUGGACCUGAUACACUGGUAUCUUACACAAAAACACUAUGUCAGUAUGUCCAUGAUGAUAUAACAUUGAUGUAAAUAUCGACCUGAUGUACUCUUACCUUAACAAAUACACAUAUGACUUUGCAUCAUGUUUUAGAUACGGACCUAAUAUACUAUCUUGCACACAAACCCUGUGUUGAUAUGACUGUAUGUUAAUAUAGACAUGAUACAUUAGUUUUCUACAAACACACCAUAGUAUUACCUGGAAGAAUAUUUUUAUCUAAAUAUUUACCAAAUAUACUAGUAUCUUGUAAAUAAACCCUAUGUUGAUAUGACCUUGAAGAAUACUUUUGAAGUAAAUAUGGACCUAUUAUACUUGUAUCUUACAAAUGCAUGAUAUGCUGAUUAUGACCUUGAAGACAGAUUUUGAUGAGAAUAUGAAUCAGAUGAUAAGGACAGUCUCUCCAAUUAUAACUUAGUCACAAAGUUGCGCUGUUCAGUUCAACACCUUUCCUAUUACGUCCUUUUGCCGGUAUUGAAAGAAUUAGAACCUUUUAACUUAUGUGCAAAAUAAUGGAUUUUGGUGCCACAAAGGGAUGCCAUUCUCUACAACUACAACAGCCCCUGAGAUGACUUCACCAUUUGUUCCUAUCUAUCUGUCCCACUAUCUACAUCAAUUGGUGGAUGAUGGAAAUUUGAUCUUGUAUACAAACAAUCAUGUGCAAGAAACUUAAUGAUAGUUUGAGAAACAAAACACCAAGGUAUCUUGUUUAGUUUAUACUCACCUGCCAUUUGCCAGGUACUAAUAUCAAUUACAUGCUUGUGAAAGGUUUGAAAAUGUUGAGAAAAACUGCUUUACUAAAUAGUGUAGAAAUGAUGUAGCAGACAAUAUAUGUGAAUAUAAACAUGGUCUCCCCGAUUGAGAUAUAAGGACACCAUGACCUUUGACAGUUGGAUUGUUGUAAAUAUGGAGUAAUGCUUAUGGCUGUUACAUGUUGUAAAUAUGAGUUGAUAACUUCAAAAAAAUAUUUCUACAAGUACAGGAGUAUGUUAACAGAGAGUAAGUUUGAUGAAUCAGGUUUUUUUGCAUGACUUUGUAGUUUCAUGUAAUUUUCUGAUGUAAAACAUUUGACUCUACUGUGUAUGGCGUGAUGGUAAUACACCUGUAAAUAUAUUUUGACCAAAUAACCAAAUAUUGAACAUCAAUAUCACAUCUAGUAGGAUUUAUGGACUUAAAAACAAUAAAUAUACAAAACCUCUUCUAUCUUACCAUUAACAUUGUAUUAGUGAAGGACAUGUUGUAAAUAAAUGUAUGUAUAAAGAUACAAUGUAUAUAAGGGUGGAUAUAAGUAGGAGUCUCCACUCCAAAUUAUGUUAACAUCUGAAUAACCUUAGAAUUUUAUAUGAAGUACAAAUUGUUGUUAAAAUGCAUGUAGAAGGUUUUAUUACUUUCAAGUUUGUAUGUGUGUAUUUUCUUAAUGUUUCUUGUUGACUGUAGGAAAUAGAAAUGUUCUUGAUAACACAUUAUAUUGAAAAUGACGAUGUUACAGUAUAUAGGAUAUCUCCUAUGAUCAUCUUGGAAGACACAUCUAAAAUUGCAACAAUGUGUACAUAUUGCUCAAAACAGGUCUUGCUACAAAUAUGUGUAGCAGCAUGUGUUAUGUGGGAGUAGAUAUUGAUGAGGGAACUGUGACUGAUCAUUAGGUCCUUGUAGACCUGUAGAUAUGGAAGGAAGAGAGUUGACAAGAACCUAAGUGAGAAAAUCUUGUAAGGGAGACAAAUCUUGUAUCAUCUCUGUGCAAUGUGCCAAAUACGUAUAUGAAUGACACAUCAAAUGUUGGUAAUUAUAUGCCAGUUAUGUACUGUUACCUGUAUUGAUAUAUGUUUUCUUUGUUAUUGAAAUCUAAUGACUUUGUGCCAUAUUUAGAUACUUAAAACUGAAAAUUAUUCCAUGUUUUCUAUACCGGGUAGUACUGUUUUAUGAUUUUGAAGAUGUGCCUCUAUUCUGAACAUGCAAAAGUCACACUGAUAUAUUAUGUUUGCCUGGGCCCCGUUCCACAAGGUAUCUUAGCGCCAAGGUGAUCAUAACUUUCAUACUUUGUCAUAAGCUUACAAUCUACGCAUCACUGAGAUCGCUAUGUGGAAUGGGGCCCUGUGCACUACAUGUGUUGUCUGAUGACCGAUACACGAGUUGGAGGAGUGUUGCUAUGAUACGUUGCAUGUGUGUCAGCAACGUAGACACCAGGAUGACUCACACAAUAGUAAUGUCAUUUGAAAAAUACAAAUAUGCAUGUUGCUAUUUGAUCAGUUAAUUACAUCUUUUGGUUAACUUCUUGUACAUCUUGCUUCUUUGUUGAUUUGUUCAACGUAGUUGCAGUAAAUAGUUAUACCUUCUGUAUAAAACAUAAUAAAAUCUAAUUACCAUCAAUCAAUAGAGUAGUAAUAUCAGUCUUUCGUGAAUGAUUUACAUCAAGUAAAGUGAUGUGAAAGUUACAGAUAUGUAUGUAGCACUUUAAUAAAUUAAUUAUAUAUUUUGGUUAAUUGAAUAUGCAUACCGGUAGUAUGCUUAAUACUUGUUGAUUAGCAUUCAUAGCUGAUUCAGUAGUUGCAAGACCUUCAGUUUAAGUUUUUUUCUUUUGUACUUUUCAAAUGUGAAGUCUACAUUUAGUUCUAAUAAGUGUGUAUUACUUAUAUUGAAAACCUUUCACCUUAUUACAUUGUAAACUGUACCUGGAAUAAUUGUACCUUGUUUAUCAUAAUUGCAUCAUAACCAAGACUUGUUUACCACAUAAUUGUUGUUCAUGACUUUAAGACCUGGGAAACAUAGUAUUUUGCAUUGUGCUAAUAUGUAUAAAAAAUAGCAAGGAUACUAUUUUAUUUACCUUAUUGACUUACCAGCAUAUUGUUUAGAAAAUGACAAUGGAAAAUACUAAGCACCUGUUUCUCAGGUCUCUUCAUUAGGUUUUAAUGAGGUUAAUGGUGUUGUUUGCUGUAAUCUUAUAUUCCAUGCUUGACUUAGAUGUGUUUUAUGGUUAUAUGGUUUGUAGAUUUUCCUAUGAUUACUUUUUCACCUAUCAAUUGUCUACAAUAGAACAUCACUUUUUGUCAUAACAACAUAAAAGAUGAUGAAUAGAUAUUCUGAAGAACCUCUGACCAUAAAAAUAAAUAAUCAACAGCAGUUGAUUGCCGAGUAAGUUCCACGUCUUCAAUGGUAAGUUAACUGGUCAUGCAUUUUUAUGUUGUAAUUUUGACAGUGAGGUCAUCUGUAUACUAGUAAUUAAUUCAAAGAUGAUAGUUUUUGUCAGUACAGCAGUAUGUGUAUAUAUAUCAACCUACCAAAGUGAGUUACAAAAAUGUUUGGGUGGUCAGUUAACCUAGUGGUUAAAGCGUUCUCUCGUCACGCCGAAGAUCCAGGUUUGAAUCCCGACAUGGGUACAAUGUGUGAAGCCCAUUUCUGGUAUCCGCUGCCGUGAUAUUGCUGGAAUAUUGCUAAAAGCGGCGUAAAACCAUACUCACUCACUACAAAAAUGUUUCAUCAUAACUAUCUACAAAACACAGAGGCAUAAACCAAAGUUAAACAGAUGAUGGCUAAUUUUUUUUGGAACACGGUGACGGAGACACAUUCCAUUAAUACUAGUUGUUACCCCCUUGCUGUAAACAAGCUAUCAUGGGUUAUGGAUUUUAUUAUUUGUUCCUCGUGUGAAAUUUUCGGUUGGCUGAGAUGUACAUCCUACUUUCCUAUCUGAAAUUGUAUUAUGAUUUAGUAAAUGGUUGUUUAAAGUACAUGUAUAACAUACUUUCCAUAAAAGAAUUAAGACAUCUCUCCUAAAACACAUUGAUUUUUGCAGCUAAAGGACACUGUUAAUCAUGUUAAGGAUGCCUUUUUUAUUCCGUCAUUUGAUAGGCACAGAAAAUUCUUAAAUUUUGUCAAUUUGAUGUUAACAAAAAUUCUUGUUGUAAGUCAUCACUGACUUAGGUACAUAUUUCUUGGAAAAGAACUUGAAAAUGAUAUUUUAUCUAUUUCUGUCAUAACAAGCCUACUCAAGAAAUUUUACAGAUGGAAUUUCCACAAUAUUAAUAACAACACAAACCAUAAUAAUGUAGAUUUUUCACACAAGUAUUAUCUUCUUUGAAUAUGAGAAAACCCAGUUCUCAUAAAUAUGUAUGUCCACAUCCUCAUUAAUACAGCCCUGUACAUCAGUACCAGCUCAACAACAUGUGUCAACUAGGUCAUUUGUAUAGUUGUUCAAAAUCAUGUAGGGGCGGUGGGGUAGUCUAACGGUUAAAGUGUUCGCUCAUCACGCCGAAGACCCGGGUUUUAUUUCCCACAUGGGUACAAUGUGUGAAGCCCAUUUUUGGUCUCACCCGCAAUGAUAUUGCUGGAAUACAGCUAAAACUGGCGUAAUUCCAUACUCGCUCCCUCACUCAUCCACUCACACAAAAUCAUGUAAGAACAUGACUGAAUUAGUAAUUGGGAAGUGCUCCCCUGUCUUUUUGUAUCUGCAUAAAAUGCUUUUCUUAUUAUACAAGAAAUAUUUUAUGUGAACUGCUGUUUCUGAUCUGAGAUGAAGCAUUUGAUAACUAGGUCAGUGUACGUGGAGAGCUGGAUAAUGCUGGAUCAUCUUGUAACUUAAUUGCAACUUGUGGGUAAUCCAGGUCAACAGCCACCUAUCCCUGAUAAACAUACAAAUAGGGCUGAGUUGAGUCCAAAUUUACUACCCCGGUACCCAACCCCCUAUUACCCAGCCCUACCCACUGUAGGUCUCAAGAGUUGGUAACACAUGUCUAAUUGGGAAUAGUUUAACUGUAGCCCUGGCUAAAACUGUUUAGAUACAUGUAUGAAACCAGAUACCAUAUAAUAGAUAAAUGGUCUCUUAUGAAACCAUCAAAUCAUGCGUACACUGAAGCUGACUGAAGCUUUAUCUUUCCUCAAACAUUUACAAGUCAAAAGGAAUGUGUGCAUCGUCAUAAACAAAUGGGAACAUUAGCGACUUGUAGUGUAACCACUGAGUUAUAGUAAGUUUUUGUCAUUAAACAAUAUCACGUGAUUAACCAGGGGACCGGGUAGUACUGUGGGUACCCGGGUCCUACUUAGGACCCACCCGACCCGAGUACCCGAGUUACCCGUCCCAGCCCUACAUACAAACAAAUCUUUUUAAGUCAGACAGUGAAAUUUGUGUGAAAAGGUCAUGCAGAAUGAUGUCCUGUUCAUCAUUUUUACAGUACAGUGGUUUUAUUUACAUAUUCAUUGAUACUUAAUCCAUAUGUGAAAUUUCUUUAGUAGGCCUUUCGAGUACAUUCCAUAAAUAUUUUAGUAAAUAUUCAUGAUUUUAGGAGGGUUGUCAAGUGUUUAAUUUAUAUCAUGCUUGAAUAUGUUAGUUACUCACAUCUCAUACACAGGUAUUUGCUGUUUCAUUAGGGGUUGACUAUAUCCAUGCUAGCCCAGUUUAGUUUCAGACCUGUAACCCUUUAGUACAGCUUUUUGAACUCCUACUUAUUUGAGUGUACAAUAUGCAUACAUGUGAAAUAUCAUAUGAAUCCUUUGAACUUGUUGUGAAGGGAAAAUAGAUAUAUAUGUAGUCCAGGGUAAUGUCAAAUCUAUAACACAUGUCAACCCUUAUUGAUUAGAUGUAAUUUUGAUUUGAUCUUUUGUUUUUUGCUUUUUGUCUGUAUAUUGCUUAGGAGUAUUUGUUCUUAAUAAACCUUAUCCUGUUGA